AUGCUCCCUGAAAACUUCAAGGAGAUGUCUCUGGGUCUGGCCCACUCCCUCUCCCGCCACAAGCUCAAGUUCUCUCCCGAGAAGGUCGACAUCAUGAUUGUCCACGCCGUUUCCCUCCUUGACGAUUUGGACAAGGAGCUCAACACCUAUGCCAUGCGCGUCAAGGAAUGGUACGGCUGGCACUUCCCCGAGUUGGCCAAGAUUUUGCCCGACAACCUCUCUUAUGCCAAGAUUAUUGUUACUUUGGGUGUCCGCACCAACGCUCCUGAGACCGACCUUUCCGAAAUUCUCCCUCACGAAAUCGAGGCUGCCGUCAAGUCUGCCGCUGAUAUUUCCAUGGGUACCGAGAUCAAUGAGGAGGAUCUCAACAACAUCAAGCUUCUCGCUGAACGUGUCAUUGCUCUUUCCGAGUACCGCAAGCAGCUUUCCGAGUACCUCGAGAACCGCAUGAAGGCUAUCUCCCCCAACAUGACCGAGCUUCUCGGCGCCCUUGUUGGUGCUCGUCUUAUUGCCCACGCUGGUUCCCUCAUCAGCUUGGCCAAGAACCCCGGUUCUACCAUCCAGAUUCUCGGUGCCGAAAAGGCUCUUUUCCGUGCCCUCAAGACCAAGCACGCGACCCCCAAGUAUGGCCUCAUCUACCACGCCUCCCUCGUUGGCCAGGCUUCUGGUAACAACAAGGGUAAGAUUGCCCGUCAGCUCGCCGCCAAGGUCGCCCUUGGUGUGCGCACUGAUGCUCUUUCCGAGUUCGACGAGGAUGUCGAUGAUGAGACUCGCGCCGAGGACAUCAAGGAGGCCCGCAAGUACAACGCCGAUGCCGACGGUGUCGCCGCUGAGGCCGAGAUUGCCAAGCCCCUCAUUGAGGAGGUCGAGAUGGAGGACGCGCCUGCCGAUGAGGAGAAGGUCAGCAAGAAGGAGAAGAAGGAGAAGAAGGAAAAGAAGGAGAAGAAGGACAAGAGCGAGAAGAAGGACAAGAAGGAGAAAAAGAAGUCCAAGGAGCCAACAGAAGAGACCGAAAGCCCAGCCAAGACCAAGAGCUCCAAGCGCAAGCACGAUGAUGAGGAGGAGGAGGCGGCGCCAGUAAAGGAGAAGGAGCACAAGAAGAAGAAGAAGAAGCACAGCAAGGAGUAA